CUUUGGCGAUCCGUAAUCAUUCCGAAGCUUUUCCACAGGCAAACAGUCGCCUGCCAUCCGCCAACGCGAUUAGACAUUUGAAGGGAAACACUUUUCAUUAAACGCACAUUGAGAUCGCCAUUCGAGAUGCGCUCCCUUUGGCUGCUGCUCGGCUUGGGCCUGCUGGCUGUGAGCCACGUCCAGGCCUCCAUGGAGUUUGACCAGGAUCUGCUGGAUGAGGACCUCGAUGAGGACGAGGAGGAGUUCCUGCGCCUGCUGGAGGAGAAGAGCAGGAUCAAUGACAUUGAGCGCGAGAACGAGAUAGCCUCCAGGCUGGCCGAAGUGCAUCACAAUCUACUCAAUCCCGUCGUCGAGGUGGAUCCGUGCGAGACGAUGAGCUGCGGAGCCGGCCGCAUCUGCCAGAUGCAGGAGGAGAAGCCCAAGUGCGUGUGCAUCCUGGAGUGCCCCGAGGAGGUGGACACCCGCCGCCUGGUCUGCACCAACACCAACGAGACCUGGCCGUCGGACUGCUCCGUGUACCAACAGCGCUGCUGGUGCGACAGCGGAGAGCCCGGCUGCACCAAUCCGGACAACGCGCACAUGCACAUCGACUACUACGGCGCUUGCCACGAGCCCAGAAGCUGCGAGGGCGAGGACCUGAAAGACUUCCCCAGGCGUAUGCGCGACUGGCUGUUCAACGUGAUGCGCGACCUGGCCGAGCGCGACGAGCUGACCGAGCACUACAUGCAGAUGGAGCUGGAGGCGGAGACCAACAACUCGCGUCGCUGGUCGAACGCCGCCGUGUGGAAGUGGUGCGACUUGGACGGCGACACCGAUCGCUCCGUCUCGCGCCACGAGCUCUUCCCCAUCCGUGCUCCGCUGGUCAGUCUCGAGCACUGCAUCGCACCCUUCCUCGAGUCCUGCGACUCCAACAAGGACCAUCGCAUCACCCUGGUGGAGUGGGGCGCCUGCCUGGAGCUGGAUCCCGAGGACCUUAAGGAGCGUUGCGACGACGUCCAGCGGGCUCAGCCCCAUCUUCUGGGCUAGGCCACAGCUCAUUUUCCAUAUCCACUAGGUUGCUACUUGUUUCCUUAAUCCUAAAAAAUGUCUACUUUAGCAAGUUAUUGUGUAAAUGAUCGCUUUUCAAUGAAAUAUAUUACAACUUCUUUGAAAUAAUACGCAUUUUGAAAAA